GCAGUUUCAGUUGACCUUUGCUGUCAGUCCAUAUCAGUCAUCUAACGUGAGAAUACACGCUCCUAUCAAAGUAACUGGAUCUGUUAAGAAAGCUACACCGUUUCUCAUCAAGGCAUCUAAACUAUGGAUAUGUCCCUUACUGACUCUGAUUGGGAUAGCUCCAGCGACAGUGGUAGCAGCGAACACGAAGAAAUCGAGUUUUCCUAUGGUGGGCGGGCUCAGAACAUUUUCUCAAACCUUGAAGAGACCAUUGGCAAAAUCGAUGAGUUCUUGUCGUUUGAGAGGGGAUUUAUGUAUGGUGACAUUGUGCGGUCCACAACUGACCCAUCAGGACAGAGUGGCAGGGUUAUCAACAUAGACAUGUUUGUCAAUCUUGAGAGUACUCAUGGGAAGAUCGUAAAGGAAGUUGAUACCAAGAGGCUUCAAAAGUUGCGUUCUAUUUCACUCUGUGAUUAUGUGAUUAACGGACCUUGGCUUGGAAGGGUUGACAAAAUAGUUGAGCGUGUCUCUGUCACCCUUGACGAUGGGUCCAAUUAUGAGGUUCUUGUAGAUGGUCAAGAUAAACUUGUGGCCAUUCCUCCAAAUUUGCUCGAGGAUUCUCAAUAUUCUUAUUACCCAGGGCAAAGAGUUCAGGUAAAGCUGGCCCAUGCCCCCAGAUCAACUACAUGGUUAUGCGGGACCUGGAGGGAGAAUCAGGUUAUGGGAACUGUUUGCGCUGUAGAAGCAGGGCUUGUCUACGUCGAUUGGGUUGCCUCCAUCGUAAUGGGGGGUGAUCGGAAUCUAACUGCACCUCAAGCUUUACAGAAUCCUGAGAGUUUAACUUUGUUACCUUGUGUUUCUCAUGCAAGUUGGCAGCUUGGUGACUGGUGUAUACUCUCUGGCUCUUCCCACUGUGAUAUAGCAGAGCGACAAACUCCAAAUGUGGUUGCCUACAAUCUCAACGAAUGCCAUAAGGCAUUUCAAAAAGGGUUUAACAGAAAUAUGCAGAACUCUGUUUUGGAUGAGCUUUUUGUUAUUACAAAGACAAAGAUGAAGGUUGAUGUUAUGUGGCAAGAUGGUAGCUGCAGUCUGGGAGUUGAUUCCCAACAGCUGCUUCCUGUUGGUGCUGUUAAUGCUCAUGAUUUUUGGCCCGAACAGUUUGUUGUGGAAAAGGAAACCUGCAACAGCAAAAAAUGGGGAGUUGUGAAGGCUGUCAAUGGAAAGGAACAAACUGUGAAGGUACAAUGGACAACACAGGUUGAGAAAGAAGCAACAUGUUGUGUUGGUGAGGUGAUGGAGGAAAUUGUCAGUGCAUAUGAACUGCUUGAGCACCCUGAUUUUGGAUUCUGUUUCAGCGAUGUGGUGGUCAGGUUAUUUCCAGAAAGAAAAACUGAUCCAAAUGCAGACACAAUCGUCUCUACAGUGACGAAACAAAACCUACUUACAGAGAGUGACUACAGUGGCGCAUAUUGUUUGUCAAGUAUUGGUGUUGUUACAGGUUUUAAAAAUGGUGGCGUGGAGGUGAAAUGGGCCAAUGGUUCUACUAGUAAGGUUGCACCAUGUGAAAUUUGGAGGAUGGAAAGGUCUGAACUUUCCAACUCUAGCUCUAUAAGUUCGGAAGGCAGUGUUCAAGAUCUAAGUCAGAAGAUUAGUCAAUCGGAUGAAGCAUCUUCAAACCAUCAGGAAACGGGUCUGGUGAAGCUCUGCAGUGUUGAUGAAGGCUGCAACAAGAACAUUCCAGAAUGUAGUUCAUUUUUCCUUCCAAAAGCUGCCAUUGGAUUUAUCACAAACCUUGCAUCAAGCCUUUUCGGCUCUCAGGGUUCCACUUCGGUUGUAAAUUCACAUUCACGUUGCAAUGAUUCUGAAGAUCAAAGUGACUCUGAGAUCCUUGUUCAAGAAGCCGCAGAAUCAUAUGACAACUCUGAAUCAAAUUCAGGUGAAGUGGAUAUGACUCUGAUGGUCAACAUACCUAUAGAAGAAAAAGGAAUUAACAAGACACUGGAUUCAACUCUGCUAGAGAACAGCAGGAAACAAGUGGGAUUCAGACAGUUUGAUAUGGUUAAUGACUGCUCGGACCAUCAUUUCCUUUCUUCAGAUAAAGGGUUGGCACAAUCUCAGGUCACAAAGAGUUGGGUGAAGAAAGUCCAGCAAGAAUGGAGCAAUUUGGAGGCAAAUCUUCCGAACACCAUAUACGUGCGUGUGUAUGAGGAAAGGAUGGACCUUCUGCGUGCAGCCCUAGUUGGUGCCCCUGGAACGCCAUAUCACGAUGGGCUUUUCUUUUUCGACAUAAUGCUUCCACCUCAAUAUCCUCACGAGCCACCGAUGGUACAUUAUCAUUCAGGUGGGAUGCGACUGAAUCCGAACCUGUAUGAGUCAGGAAGAGUUUGCUUGAGUCUGCUUAAUACAUGGAAUGGGUCUGGCACUGAAGUAUGGAACGCAGGGAGCUCCUCCAUCCUUCAGGUUCUUCUUUCAUUUCAGGCUCUGGUUCUGAAUGAGAAGCCUUACUUCAACGAAGCUGGCUACGAUAAGCAGUUGGGCCGAGCCGAGGGAGAGAAAAACUCAGUGAGUUACAAUGAGAAUGCAUUCCUCAUCACCUGCAAAUCCAUGAUCUUGUUGCUUCGCAAGCCUCCAAAGCAUUUUGAGGUGCUUGUGAAGGACCACUUUACGCACCGAGCCCAGCAUGUUCUUGCUGCGUGCAAGGCUUAUAUGGAAGGUGUCCCUGUAGGAUCAUCAGCAAACCUGCCCGAGAACUCAACCACAAAUUCCACCGGUUUCAAGAUCAUGCUCUCCAAACUCUACCCAAAACUUCUUGAAGCAUUCUCCGAGAUUGGAGUUGAUUGCGGCCAAGGGAUUGGACCAGAAUCAUAAAGAUCGGUAAUGUUCUGAUGUCAUAACAUCUCCCUAACAUCCAAUAACUGCUGUAUAAUAUCGGUUUGCGAGGUCGGUAAUUCCCUCCCAAUGUAGAAUAUGUUUUGUACUUCAAUGCGUGAGAAUAAAACCACUGUAAAAUA